UAGUGAAAUAAAAUGACGCCUUCAAUCUUAUCAACGCACGUGCAGAAUAAUGUUGUGUGCGAGAAAUUGGACUUGUAAUUUUCUUUGAUCAAUAAAUACUUCGAAUUAUUAAAAUUGUUCAAUAAUGAAUUAGUGAAAAUAUUACUAACAAUGCUCAUCAGUAUUUAGAAAUGAAUGUUCCGCGAUAAAAACUAGUUUAGCUGUGAAUGAAGUUAAUGCUUAUUGUGUAUACGGUAGUAAAUAGAUUUGUGAUUGUGAUUGUUGAUAGAUUUUAAACAAUAAUGGAGUGUCUAGUGGCGAAUGUGGAUAAUAUGCGAUUUGAUAUAGAAAUUGCUCUUGACGAACAGUAUGGAGCACUUCCUUUACCUUUUACUGGAAUGGACAAAUCUACUGCUGCAGUAUGUCAAUUUUAUCCAAGAGGUACAUGUGUUAAAGGAGCCUCUUGUCCAUUUAGACACGUACGUGGAGAUCGUACAAUAGUAUGUAAACAUUGGUUAAGAGGUCUUUGUAAAAAGGGUGAUCAAUGUGAAUUUUUACAUGAGUAUGAUAUGACAAAAAUGCCAGAAUGUUAUUUCUACUCCAGAUUUAAUGCUUGUCACAAUAAAGAAUGUCCAUUCCUACAUAUUGACCCAGAAACUAAAGUCAGAGAUUGUCCUUGGUAUGAUCGUGGAUUCUGCAGACAUGGACCUUUAUGCAGACAUCGACAUGUUCGUCGUGUUUUAUGCAUGGCUUAUUUAGCUGGAUUUUGUCCUGAAGGCCCAAACUGUAAAUUUAUGCAUCCAAGAUUUGAAUUGCCAGCAGUGCAAGAUAUGCAACCUAAAGAAGGAAAAAAGGUAAUGAUCACAUGUCACUUUUGUGGGGAAGGUGGCCAUAAAGCAAUUUAUUGUAAUAAAAUGCCACCUGAUGUACGUGAAGCUCAAGUUAGACAAGAAAUAGAAGGUAAUUCUCAUGCUACGCAUCACAUGAAUAUGCAUAAUGGACCCCCACCAAGAGGGCCGCAAAAGCCACUAGAAGAAGUCACUUGUUACAAAUGUGGAACUAAAGGUCAUUAUGCCAAUAAAUGUCCAAAAGGACAUUUAGCAUUUUUAAGCCAUGCUGGGGGUAGUGGAAGUGCUACUCAGAAUCAAAAUUACCGUAGAUGAUUUCACCUAUUUUAUUUGUGUAAGAUUAAUAUUAUGAUUAUGUUUCAUUAUUAGUAAAAUCACUUGUCUGUAAAAAUUUCUAUAUAUCAUAUAGUAAAAUAGGUUUAAUACAAUUAAUUUCAUAUUGACUCGUAAUAAAAGAUUCCAACACCUUUAAAUAAAAUUAUAAAUAUUUUGUAUUUUCUAUAAAAAAAAUUUGGUCAAAUUAAAGAAUGUUUAAAGGAUAUUUUGGGUUAAAAUACUAUGAAGUAUAUACUAUAACAAAUUUAAUUUAUUGUUUAAAGAAUUAAACAUACUCCUAAAUACUCGUUAUUACAUUUUGUAAAUGUAUUUAAAGGGUAUUUGCUAAAUUAUUAAAUACGCUAUAUCUAUGAGCGCAUCGAUUUUCGACGUAGAAUGUUAUAAAAAGAUAUAUUUGUUUACCGCUAAUUUAUUUAGUUUGUGACGUUGAACAUGGGAAGACGUACUUCGCCAUUUGUAUAUGAAGUGGCAUUGUAAGACUAUUAAUUUUUAAAAUCUUGUUCGCUAAAAUAUUAACAAUAUUUAUCUUUCACGUGAUUAUUAUCAGAGAUAUUAAAUUCCUUCGUUAUUGGGUGUGCAUUUAAUACCUAAACAUAUGUUAUUGUUUUAUUUUAAAUAUAUAUUGUUUUUCUCAUUCUUCGAAAUACAUCGUACCUAAACACUGUUAUUAUUAAAAGAAAAGUGCAAAGUCAUCAGAACCAUGAAAAUACUGAAUGUCACUUUUAUAUGCGAAAAAGCAAGUAUGGUUUCCUUUUAAUUGGAAAAAGAGAUCUUCUAUUUGCACAAGAAUAUUUCUUAUCAUGUCGUAUUGUAAUCAAUAACUUCGACAUAA